CUUUUAUAAAUUCACUGUUGAAUAUUGAUAACCCCAGCUUUCAACGAUCAUAUUAUAAUCUAGGGUUUCUCUGCGCAAUCAUCAACAAAUUCACAAACAAUUCUAUCCCCCUUGUGCAAUUACAUUCAAGAAGUCCCAAUAAGGCUGGCUGAGCAAUAAGCAAUGCAGAUUGAGGAAUUGGAGAAAAUCGAUCCUUCCAGCGCCAAGAAUCAAGAAAAUAAGGAGAGAACAGGGAAGUUGAAAGCCUCGGUGGAAAAUUCUGACGCAAAAGCUUCGAAUUUCAACUCCGUAAUUGAUAUAUCUGGAAAAGUUCUCGAUUUUCCGCUUGUUAGUGGCGACGAUAGCACAGUGGAGGAGGUUUUUAUCUACAAGAAUGAGUUGAAUUUGAUUCCGAAAGAUGUUGGGAGGCUUAAGGGUUUAAAAACUAUCAAGUUUUUCGCGAAUGACUUGAACUUGUUUCCGGGGGAGUUUAGGAAUCUGGUUGAGCUUGAAUGCUUGCAAGUGAAGGUAACGGAGCCGGGAGUUAGUGGGUUGGAGUUGAGUAAACUAGAGAAUUUGAAAGAGCUAGAGCUCAGUAGAGUGCCCCCAAGGCCUUCUGCUUUCCCCCUUUUGCGUGAGAUUACUGGGCUCGAGCGUUUGAAGAGGCUCUCGGUUCGUUACUUCUCCAUAAGGUAG